AUGGAUGAAAAAUCAGCUGGUGGGCAUAGAAUUUUUCAGGUACAUGAACUAGAGGAGUUGAGGAAUGAAGCUUAUGAAAAUCAUAGAAUAUAUAAAGAAAAAACUAAAACUUUUCAUGAUAAAUAUAUUAGCAGAAAAAUUUUUGAUGUUGGACAAAAAGUGUGGUUAUAUGAUUCUAGGCUGAAAUUAUUCCUAGGAAAAUUAAAAUCAAAAUGGAGAGGGCCUUAUGUGGUGGAAGAGACAUAUGAUCAUGGGACUGUAAUGAUUAAAGAUCCUAAAAGUGACCAUAACUUUAAGGUAAAUGGACAGUAGCUUAAACAUUACAUAGAACAUGAAUGCCUUGCAGAAAAAGAAAUUUUGUUAUUAAAAAAAAUUUAAGAGUAAGAUCAAGGUGUCUAGUUGGAGACAUUAAAUUCAGCACUACAUGGGAGGCAACCCAUGGUUUUAUUUCAUUCUGUUUGAUUUUUUAAGCUCUAUUUUUCUUAGAAUUUUGUAGUACUUGUUUCUGUAGUUGUUUUUUUGGAAAAAGUGCAGGAGGAGCGUAAGAUGAGGUGGAAAAUUAAAAACGAGGUUGAGGUGAUGUCUUUCUGAGCUUUAUCAUUUAUGACAAUAUUUUUAAUGCUUAACUUUGUAUAUAUGCAUGCUUCACUUGAAAAUUAUAUUUUCCACAUUUUGUUUUGAUUUUUCUGUGUCAUUGAGGACAAUGUCAUUUUUAAGUUAGGGGGUGAAGUAUUAAUUAUUAAUUUAUGUUGUAAGACAAUUAAGAACAUGUGUUUGCAUUUUAUUUUUAUUUUUUCAUGCUCACUUAGAACAGCAACUAAAAAAAUAAAAUAAAAUUCAGAAAAACUACAACAUCUAUUUUUUGGUUUUCUGUCAAGACCAACAGAUUGUCAAAAACAACAGACAAAAAAUAGUCUGAAAUUUGAAAUUCUAGAGACCCUUUUCUCACAUUUCAAUCCCCUAGACAUAUAUUACUGAAAUUCCAAAAUUACAACUAUAAAGAGAAUAGUUUUGAUUUAUUUUUGACAAAUUUAUUGUUGCUAAAAAUAGAACUUAAAACAUAAAAUAGAACUGUCAGAACUAUUUAAUUUACAAAUUUCUUACAUCAUAUUGCAUGCAUGAAAAAUUAAAUCAAUCAGAUUGAUUGAUACCAAAAGAUACUAGGAAGAUUAUUAUUGAGUCAAAAGAGUGAUCUAGUAGCAUGAAAUGUUGGAAUACUCCUUGGAUAUAUGAUAGAUGACAUGAAUUUGAUUUUACAGAUUUUCUCUUCAUGAUCUUGAUGGAUAGUAUUUACUUGAUGCGAAAAUUUGAUUAAUCAUUAGAGUUUAAUGGAGAUUUUUGCACCCUGAUCUAUAGGACUUGUGAGGAGAAAUCACUUAUUUCAGAAAAAAAAGAGAGAGCAAUGUGAAAAAUCUAGAAAUGAAGAGUACACAUGGAGGCUGUGAGACAUCAUUCUCAUUGUUGAAAAUCGUGCAUAGAAAAACAAUUGCUGUAAAAUAAGUGGAUAA